AUUAUCUACCAUCUUUUAUUUAUGUGAAGAUCAUUACUGAGGUUGAUGUACCAGAACUCCAGCUGUUAGCGUCAAAUUUGAAGCCUGAAGAGUGUGUGAAACUUGUAUCCUUAGGUUCUAAUUCUCCGCUAUCGGAAACGCAGAUACAAAAAUUAGCCCGAGAUCAAAACUGUUUCCGAAGACUCGUGAAAUGGAUAUGCCAAUUGAGAACGGUUACGAGGAACACAUAUCCGAUUUUGAACGAUCAUCUUAAACGAAUCGGAAGAAAAGAUUUGGUCGCGUGCCUCGCAGAAUUCAGUAUGAAAACUACGAAUGUUCCAAAGGUGAUUCGUCAAGUUCAGCCUAUUGGAUAUUACAAACUGUUCCAAACUUCAGACUGUCCUCCGUCAAAUCCUCAUGACAAUCUUCAUGACAAUCCUCAUAACAAUCCUCAUGACAAUCCUCAUGAUAAUCCAGACUACGAUGAAUAUCAACCACCGAAUACAACGCCAAAACCUAAGUUGCCGAAAGAGAUCGAGAAAAUCAGAUUUACCACUUUCACAUUGUCGGUGCAAACUGCAACGAUUAUCGUUAUUUCGAUUAUAUUAGUUACAUGUUGUUGCACUUUGUUUAUAAAGAAAAAAUUCGGACAUCUGUUCGAUCGAUUACGAGGGAAGAAGAAAAAAGGUAAAUUGAUCAUGAUCGAAGAAGAGGGAGGAGAUAUAUCUAGAAGUUACUUUUUUCGAAAGCCACGAAGGAAAAGGAAAAGGGCACCAUCGUACGAAAUGGUGCACACUGCCACACAAAACGUUACAGCUCCCACAACGCCGAAAGAAGCGGAAGAGACAACGAAGUCACCAGGUUGCCAAAGAUGUUUCAAGAAGAAACGAAAGAGAACGGCGAAAAGACCGCAUAGAUAAAGCGUGUAAUUAAAAAAAUGUGUUGAAAAUUAAUUCAACACACGAAUUGUAUAAAGCUCUCAAAUGUUCACACCUGUAAUUUUAUUUUAUAUUAAAUAUACUGAAUUAUCGGAGUAUAUCUGUAUAAUGUUAUAAAAACGAGGAAAUUAAUAUUACAAAGUCAUGAAAAUAUUUAA